ACAUAGUCCUAGUAAAGUUGACAAGUCGAAUACUCGUUGCAACCAUGUGGUGCCUAUAUGGCGUCAGGGUAGCUAUACUGGUGACUAGAUGUAGCAUUCACUUAGUUAUUACUAAAAGCGAACAUCGAGAGCAAAAUUUCCGCUGAAAAAAAUAUGAGCAUGAGAGCUUACCCGCUUCUACCAGUCAUGUUUUUUUUUGUAGAAUAUGAAAAUUGCUGAUAUAUUGCAAAACACAGUUGGACAGGGUUAAUACUCACGCAUAGAAAAUACCUGAGAAAGACGCAAGCUUUCAAGAGAUUGUGAAUGGACCGCUAGUCAUACGCACAUGAAAAUUUUCGAAGUAAUACGAAUCGUCUGUAGGUUUUUUUUUAUAGAGAAAAAUGUUCCAAUGGCUGUUAUAGCACGAUUUUAGGAUAUCUAUUCUUGGUAACUUUUCCUGGACAAAGUUACUCCAACGUUAAUAUUUAAGUAUAUCUAUAUUACAUAAAUAAACACCAAGUAUUUGCAUCGCUGAUUCUCACUUCAGUACCAAUUGUUCGUUUCCACAGUGCGAGAGUCCCUACAUCGUCCUGUGGGCUGGUCUAAUUCUGUCGGAUUUCUCGUGUGUCUUCCGUGCCAAGGCUGCGGCCUGAAUCUCCUAAAUUGUCACUCGCUUUGUUCAGCCAAUGUGAUGUUGUUCUGACGCCGAUCCCGUAGCCAUAGCAACUCAUACCUUCAUAACUGCCUGUGGCUCGUGUAAUCCCUUGUGAUAAUGGUAGUCGCGGCAAGAUUGUAAAGAGCUGACUUAAAAAGCAGAACCUCAUUGGAGUUUGCCUGAUUUUGGGACUCUCCCAAACCUUUAAGAUCCAAACGCUAGAUAUAAUACCCACAGCGAUACAGACAAAUGGACGCUGGUGAAUUUUCCACAGGUCGUAAGUUCAGACCGUAUUAAACUAAUAUUAUGGUUGAUUUACAUGCGUGAUAACUAGCGAAUUAAGCCGUUAUGACGCGGGAAUGUGUGCGUGUGUGGCUAUUUUAAAGCGGCGGUUUCGUCUAGUCGGUGGAAUGUAGCUCGUCUGUAUUUAAUUUAUGGAUUUAUACUAUUCUCUGUUCGCUAUAAAUGUCCUGACGGUAACAAAGGUAAAAGCGAUGUUACUAUAAUUCUACAGUGCUUUUUGGAGACAAAUAAGUUUUGGGCUAUACUCGUAACUCAAGUGUGAAUUAUGUCCAUCUUCGCUUACGAUGUCGGGGGGAUUAUUGGCGAGGGAGCACACGGUAUUGUUGUUCGAGCUCGCAAUAACGCCACUGGCGAGAUUGUCGCAUUGAAGAAGAUUUUACUGAAACGUCGACCUGAUAAGCCGUUUCCGAUUGACGCGUUUCGUGAAGUAAAAAGUCUUCAAUACCUUAACCAUGAGAAUAUUAUUCGACUUCAUGAGGUGUUUUCACAUGGACCCAGCGUCGUGUUGGCGAUGGAGUUUGUACCACACAACCUCUCGGCGUUGAUUUACCACUCGCAGAAGAAGUUGCCGAUAUCGCACAUCAAAACUUACCUGAUCCAACUAUUGAAAGGACUCGGCUAUUGUCAUAUUAACGGGAUAAUGCAUCGUGAUAUCAAGCCUGCCAAUCUACUCAUCGACGUCGAAGGCACGUUGAAGAUUGCUGAUUUUGGUCAAGCAUGCCUUAUUGUUGAGGGACGAAAAUAUGAGCAUCAGGUAGCCACCAGGUGGUACCGAGCACCUGAGUUGCUUUACGGAGCUCAGUAUUACAAUGAAGGUGUCGAUCUUUGGGCAGUUGGCUGUGUCUUUGCUGAGAUGCUCAAUUGCUUCCCUUUGUUCCGAAGCGAAAACGACAUUGAACAAUUGGGUGUCGUUUUAAAUGCACUCGGUUCUCCGACGGAGCAAAACUGGCCGGGCCAUCGAAAACUGCCGGAUUACAACAAAAUCCAGUUUCCUUGUACCGACGCCACCUCGUGGGAACAAUUAAUACCUGACAUCCAGCCAGAAGCGAGGGAAUUAGCAGCAUCAUGGCUUGUUUACGACUCAAGCAGACGCCUCCGCUGCCACAAGGCUCUUGAGCAUGACCUGUUCUUGACGGAACCAUUGCCUGUGUCGAAGAAAGAUGUCCUUAAACCGUCGACCAUUCCGGAUUGGCAGCCAUUAACCAUUCUGCCAGACGAGGAGAAAAUUGACAAGAUCAUCCAGAUCUUCCAAGCGGACCAGAAUGGAGCCGAUACAUCAAACUGAAACUUCAAAAUGAAUAUUGGAUGCAAAUUUAUAAUUAUAUAUUAGAACACCUUUCUAUAAUUCGAGUUUUACGCCCAACGCGUCGCUAAAGUUAACGGACAAGUAUGUUAUCCACUCAGCUAUGUCGGAGGCACGAGUACUGGGACACCUACGGUUACGAAGUAACCGAAUAAAGGAACAUACUUGUGUUUCUGAUGGACGUCUGUUAAAAAACUUCAUUUGCUGGACACUUUUCAUAUAUAUAUAUAUAGCAUAUUCCUAAGCCGAUAGUUCGAAACUCGCGCCAUUCCGGUGCGAUCAGAUUACUAGACAUGCACCAAAUUUCAGCCAAAGCAACAAAUGAGUUAAUGGCGGUAGCUCGAUCCAAUGAUACCACAUAAAGGUAACUUGACGAGUGCUUUCUUACAAUUACCAAGCUGCUCUUGGCAAUUGGUAGCUAUGUCAAUAGACUUCCAUAAACAAUUUCUAGCAGUUAUUUUUGACAUUAGAUGGCAGUGAAAUGGACGAGAUACUGUUAGAUGCCGAACUUAAAUUUACCUGAUAACUUUUCUUUAUCAUAGCGAACCUGUAAGAUUCGUAUGUGCUGAUCUGUGGUAAUAUGUGUUAUUAACGUACUACCGGAAAUUGCUAAAAAAAAACAGGCUUUCGGGAAGGUUUUAGGCUUCUUGUCUAGUGGCAUUUGUCCUGCUAUUUCAUUAAUUGUUAAUAUAUUUUGAUUGUCAACAAGACCCUAAGUGUGCAUGUUAGUAUGAAAUAAUUUCAUUUCAAAUAAUUUAACUCAUUGUUAAGCUUAGAUGAAGACAUUGUCAAAUAAAAAUCUACUUUUUUUUUUAAAUUUCCCGAUCUUAACCAACGUAAAUUUUUCUAGAGCAGAACAGGUGUAGAAACUGCCGUGGUCUACUGAACCGGACCACUGUCAUGAUCGGCUUAGGCUCUCAGCUACCGCAUGAAGUCUCUACAUGAUCAUUAAGUAAUCUAUAUUAAAUAUACUUGCAUGUAUUAUAUAGAUACGGGCAUACGCGUCCUUUAUUCCACAUACACGUCAUAUAUUGGAGGAAUCGUAUAUCGAAAAAAAAAAAAAAAAAAAAAAAA